AUGGCACAACCGAUAUUUGACAAUGAGAGUCCUCUAGACGAUUAUCUUCGAGACACAGAGCUCGACUUGAUGCCUGGCAUACUCCCAGAGUUUCUUCAGGUUGAAGAUUCUACAUAUGAGCCCUUGAAAUGGCUCCCUUCCUUCAUGCCCACCCUCUGCCAUGUGAGCCUCACUUGCGUCGCGCCGCUACGGCCCCUCCUCUCCUCUCAAAAGCACCGUUUGCUGACCACACAACUCUCCAUGCAGUCUUUAGAAUCCCUGCUUUCACCCGCGCCCACCCAGGCCUCUGCACGCCAGUUCGCGGAGCGCUUUAAAUAUAUUAUCAUAUCGUCCUCGUUAUUAUCUGCAUAUCUAUCGCCAUCUACUCCUGCUACAAUCAAUAUUCCUCGCCUCGAAACACCCGACGGCUCUGAUGACCCUCAUGUCCGACUUACGACUUCCGGCCUCUUGCUCUUUCUCGUCGCCCCAAUCCUACUCGCAAGUGGCCACUGGAUUCUCGCGCUCACGGCCCUCGCUGCAGCCAAACUCUGGUACGAGCCCUCUACGUCCUUUGGCGGUGAUAAGCCGCCUCAAACUCGCUCGACGUUGAGUGUCGUGCAUCACCUGGUCGAGGCCAACACAGCAUGGGAAUCGGCAGUCGGGGAAGCCAUGGCGUUGCUUCGCCGGGAUGAAUCAAGUGCGCUUGGACCUUCGAUUCAAUGGCAGACACCGCUCCGUGUCGCUCUCCAGUCUAGUCUCCAAGCGAUUACCACGCAAGCGGACCGUGUCAGACAAUUAUUCUCGCCCCUCACAAGUCCCACGGAGCUCGCGCAAAUGACAGAAAUGUAUGCGCCUCCAUCGCCCACGAAUAGCCACCUAUCCUUAGUGUCGACGACCGAACUACGCAAGUCGGCAUCGAGUUCCAAGUUGGACAAACGUACCACAUGGAGCGGGGCGACGGCGAAGCAACUAGCGCGACGGUCUGCCGACGUCCAUUCGCUCUCCCCACGACCGCGAUCACCCGUCCCGCCUGUUCCUCGGCUUCCAUCCCCCGAUGGAUCCAUGGACGAUUCUAUGCAAUCAUUUGGAGCACUCGCUCUUGACUUGCAACGACAAAAGGCGACGCCAAAGCGAUUCACAUUUGCAUCCCCACGCUCGGCAACUUCGUUGCGACCCUCGCCGACAGCCGCUUCUAGAUUCACAACAUUACAGGGAAUUCGAAAUCCGCUCUCGCUAAACUCGUUGGACUCGACGUUGCAGACCGCCUUGGCGAGCAAACGUUUUGCGUGCUCCCACCUCUUGGCGCUCAGAUUCGAAGAGCCAGAGGAUGAUUUGUACUGGGAGGACGUUCGCUCUGUCGUCAGUCUCUUGAGCAUGAGCAUAGAGGAUGAGACGGCACGCUUAUCAGAAGCCAUGGACGAAUGGCACAAGAGCCGACAACGAGACGCUCGACCCUCGUUGACAUCAACCCCCGUUGUUCCGACAACACCCAACCUUCCUCCACGGAGAAAGAGAGAAACCUUGUCCUUUGCUCCUCAGCCUAGUCCCUCGGCCAAGGUGACUACUCACCUAGAGUCGAUAUCGAGUGCAUUGGACCGCGCAUUCGACGAGUUGGAGAGUUGUGCUUCUGCUCUCAAGCUUCGAGAGAGUAGCUGUUCCUCAGAGGAUGAGACGGCCGUAACUGGAUUGGACAACAGCGCUCAGGCUGCUAUAACCUCUUACGAGUCUCUCCGACGGGAGCUCGGGAUUGCUCUGCGCGAGUGCGAGCGUGCUCGUGGACCAAUGAUGUCCCUGGUCACGGACGGCUCUGCCGAUUCGACUUCUGAUCGCGAAGCGGAAAUGCCGUCGUUGCCUGACCAGGCUCCAGAAACAAGUCGGGACGAUUCUUUUGCGUUGGAUAGCCCAACGCGCGCCGGUGCUAGUAGUCCACCUCCAGCGUAUGCCUCCCGUGGCCCCAGCCAGAUAGUAGACGACGCGACGGCACAUUUGCUCGCUGGUGCGACGGCGAUGCAUCUCCCGCCUCCCGGUGUCGACCGUGUGUUCGAGGCAGACUCAGGACCGGCCGUCAAGCCCUAUCGCAAAGAACGAUCCACCCUGUCGAGACAAGAGAGGAUCGCCCUUGCACAGGCCAAGCGAAAGAUUGUGCACCAGCAUCAACAGCGGCUUUCGGGUGCAUUUGAUGUGGGGUCUGGAGGGCUGUUUACGGGCGAGGUCGUACAAGAACUCAAGGCGGUGAUUAGCCGCGUCAACGAAAAAAAGCAACAGAUGACGUUGCUUACAACGCCAAAUCCUGAAGAUGAGGCUGUCUCUCGUGCUGAUGCCGAUGUCCAGUCGGAGUCGGUGCUUUCGUCCUGA